AUGGAUCGGUCGUCAUCGGAGAACCUCAUACUCGUCAACCGCGAACCAAACGGCAUCGCGGUGAUCACAAUCAAUCGUCCCGACGCUCUCAACUCGUUGACUCGGGCGAUGAACGUCGACAUGGCUCAGGCUUUCAAGAGCCUGGACCGGGAUGAAUCGGUUCGGGUUAUUAUAUUGACCGGAUCGGGUCGAUCAUUCUGUGCCGGCGUUGACCUCACGGCGGCGGAGGAUGUUUUCAAGGGUGAUGUUAAGGAUCCGGAGAGUGAUCCGGUCGUGCAAAUGGAGCGGUGCCGGAAACCGAUAAUUGGGGCGAUCAAAGGAUUUGCAGUUACUGCUGGUUUCGAGAUUGCGCUCGCUUGUGAUAUUUUGGUUGCGGCUAAGGGAGCCAAAUUCAUGGACACUCAUGCUAGAUUUGGGAUAUUCCCAUCGUGGGGUUUGUCUCAGAAGCUUUCCCGUAUUAUAGGAGUAAAUAAAGCUCGGGAGGUUUCUCUUACGGCCACGCCUUUGACUGCAGAGGUGGCUGAAAAGUUGGGUUUUGUGAACCAUGUUGUUGAGGAGGGUGAAUUGAUGAAGAAAAGCAAAGAAAUUGCAGAAGCUAUUGUGAAAAAUAAUCAAGAUUUGGUGUUGAAGUACAAAUCAGUGAUAAAUGAUGGCAUUAAGCUUGAUCUUGGCCAUGCUCUUUCUCUCGAAAAGGAGAGGGGCCAUGAUUAUUAUAAUGGAAUGACCAAGGAUCAAUUCAAGAAAAUGCAGGAAUUCAUAGCAGGAAGAAGUUCCAAGAAACAGUCCAAACUAUAG